AUGGCGGUCGUGGGGCGGGACUGUGCGGAAGGGCGGAAGUGGCUUACUGUGGGAGCACCAGGCGUGCGGAUGGCGCGACUCGGGCGCCGCAGUGCUGCGCCCGUGGGGCCGGGGGUGCCUGGGGGUCCUGGGCGGCCGCGGGGGCGGCAGCAGCAGGUGCGGGGGACGCCGCGCUCAGCGCCGUGGCCCGGACCGCGCAGCAAAGAAAAGAAGCAGGUGAAUUGCAAGCCCCGGAACCAGGAUGAGCAGGAAAUCCCCUUCCGGCUGCGGGAGAUCAUGAGGAGCCGCCAGGAGAUGGGAAGUCGCGUCAGUAACCGAGAGCGGAGGAGACAAGCCCAGGUGGCCUUCAAGAAGACAUUGGAGAAGGAAGCAAAGGGAGCGGAGCCAGACAUCGCUGUCCCCAAAUUCAAGCAGAAGAAGUGGGAGUCUGACGGGGCCUACAUCCAGCGAAUGGAGCAGGAGGCCCAGCACGUGCUCUUCCUCAGCAAAAACCAGGUGGCCCGACAGCCCGAGGUGCAGGCGGCUCCCAAGAAGGAGAAGUCAGAGCGGAAGAAAGCGUUCCAGAAACGGAGGCUGGAGAGAAUCCGACGGCGAAGGGAAGAGAAGGCAGCAGAGAGGCUGGAGCAGGAGCUGCUCCGAGACACAGUGAAGUUUGGCGAGGUUGCUCUACAGCCCCCGGAGCUGACCGCCCAGCCCAGGACAAGCACAAGCCGGGACCAGCCUGGGAAGAAAUCGCUGAUGCUUAGGAGGCUUCUGAGCCCUGGCGGCGUGUCCCAGCCGCUGAGCACGUCACUGGCCCGACAGCGGAUUAUCAGGGAGGAGAGAGAGCGGGCCGUGCAAGCCUACCGGGCACUGAAGCAGCAGCGGCGGCCGGGGCUCAGUGAGCACAGCCGGCCUGCUCCCCGCACCUCACUUACGGGAAGAAGGCAGGACGCAUCUGUGACGGUCUAGGCUCCGCUACCCCUGCUUUAGGGAGAAAGGAUGAUGCCACAGUCCGUCAUUCAGCGCCAGUCCAUGGGAGACACUGCAGACUCGAUGGGCUGAAUCCAUAACGGAAGCUCGGUGUGGUUCAACGGCACAGGACGGCUGGGAGCACAGGCCAGAGCGGGGGCGGGGAGGGCCAGGGUUGGCAUCCAGCCCACCGAGGCUCGAUCCUGGUGCCUUGUCCCUGGAGGCAGGUGGAGUCCACCCACGCUCUCACUGGGUAUGGAGACAGGACAGCCCCCACGCAAUGUGGGUUUGCCAGGGGGUUUGUGUUCUCAAGAUCUUUGGGGAAAGAAGAGCAGGUCUGAAGCAGCUUGAGGGCAAGGACAGGACACUGGCCCAGGACUUCCCCAUGGCUAAAAGGGCUGUGUGGGGAAUUCCUGCCAACGGUAGGGCCUAGCAAGGUUUGAACCUUCCAGCAGAACCUAAGGAGGGGCGGGCGCCUGGGUGGCUCAGUGGGUUAAGCCGCUGCCUUCGGCUCAGGUCAUGAUCUCAGGAUCCUGGG